GAAAGGAAAGAGUUGCCGAAAAUGUUACUGGUUUUGUUUUGUUUUGUAUUGUUUUAUCAUGGCAGCGAAAAUUUAGAUUGAUGUUGUCUUUGUAUUUGCAGAAAAAUUAGUUCUACCCACAUUUUUGUUUUUAUCAGUCAUAAUGUCCCUUUUUAAAUCAAGAGAAUUGUGGUCAACAUUUUGUGGGAAAGAAGAGCAGUUCGAUAACGGGUGUAUGACAGUAGCAGAUAUACUCGGUCAAGGCUUCGAGUGUAUUGUUGUUGGGAGUCACAGCGGCUUCCUGAGAAUAUUCCAGCCUGAGGCCGACUCGGAGUGUGACGCUGAGGGCUACAGACCGACCGAUCUCCUCAUAGAGACCCAACUGCCGCAACCUGUGAUCCAAGUGGCAAUCGGAAAAUUAGUCUCUGGAUCCCAAAGUACACAAAUCGGGGUUCUUCACCCUCACAGUAUGGCCGUUUACAGUCUAGUAGAAAUCUCAGGCUCAGCACAGCACGGUGAUCAAUAUCAUCUAGUGAUGGCCUAUGAACAUCAACUGUCCAGAUCAUCCUAUUCAUUUUUAGUUGGCCCUUUUGGUGGAGCAAAAGGGCGGGACUUUAUUUGCAUCCAGUCUCUGGACGGAACUCUAUCUUUCUUCGAACAAGAGACAUUUGCUGUCAAUCGGAGCCUGCCUUGUUUUUUGUUGCCCUCACCAUUCGUGUAUGUGCCUUCGUCGGACUCAUUUGUCGUCCUCAAUGCCAACUGGAUACUGGAAUGUUACAGGUAUGAGGUGUUGGCCGAUCUCAACCGGAAGUUGGUGGCCUGGUGGACUCUGAACUUGGGGGAGCCGGUCGUGUCCAUGGAGGUAGUGGCCACACAGGGCUCCAAGUCGGCCAUCUUUGUGUUGGGAGAGCGAAACCUGUAUUGUCUCCGUGAGGGUGGCAGCAUUGAACUGGCCAAACGACUACAGUUCAUCCCCUGUUGUCUUCAUCCUUACGUGACUGAGCCAGAACGCAAGGCGAUGGCACUGGUUGUCGCAGAUACUGCCACACUGCUUGUGUACGACAUGGCAACACUGUGUUGGUCCUCCCAACUCCCUUUCAUCCCUGUCGUCAUUUCCAGAGUUAAUUUCAAGGGCCUGCAGGGGUUGGUAGCACUGUUGUCAGAAGAGGGGCAAGUUGUGUGUUGUUACCUGGGCACAGAGCCUGCUGUAUUCGUGCCACCGCCCGUCUUGAACAAAGCGCACUCUUACAGAGACUUGCAGCAGAGAUUGCUCUCCCUGCAGCAAGAAAUCGAUGCAUCGUCUCAGAUGGCAGCUUUGCAGGCGACAGAGUGUCAUGAACUAAAUGUGACUGUCCGCACACUACCCCUGACUGACCCCAGUGAAUGUCACCUGAUCGUGAGGCUGUCACCCUCUACGGCUCUCAACAACGUGCAAGUUACUAUCACAGCCACCCCACCACUGGCUGCAGUUCCAGCUACUCAUCAUCUCCCCAGUUUGUGUGAGGCUGUGGAAGUGAGCAGCCUGGUGAUGUUCCUGCACACCCACACUGUCCCGGUGCUCUCACUGGACGUCAGUGUGGUGGCGGUGUACGUCAUGAACAACACUGCUCGAGUGGUACAGGCCACAGCUGCGCUGCCGUGCGCGCUGGUGUUACAGCCAGCCGUGCCCAGCAAGCAGGCAGAACACAAGAUUACGCUGGCUGUGGCGCAUUCCAUCGUGCCACUCAACCAGCUCUUCCCAGAACUGACUGGGGAACAGUGGGAAGUGGCUGGGUGCUCGGAGACAGCUGUCGGACUCGCCCACCGCAGCGCACCCACUCUCACUGCCACUGUGAUCGUGGGCAAGGGGGAGCCUCGUUACCGUGUCCAGGGAGACAGCACAGCCGCCAUGUGUCUAGUCGUGUCCCAGCUGGUGGCCAGACUGGAGGCGAGACACAGGGGUGCCACCACAACUGUCACGUACACUGGAACGUCUCUCCCCACAACCUCCCUGCUCGCUGUGGUGGACCGACAUAUUGAACUGCGCAACCAGAUCAACUCACUUCAAGAGAAUCUCGGCCAACAGACAACUCAGUAUCGGGCGAUCCAGCGACGGCUUCUGAGUAAGCUGAGAGAGAAGACAGUGCUGCCUCUGGUGGGACUGGACAGGAUACUGGCCGACACUCAUCGACAGAUCGUGGAGACUUCUCAUGCCAUCGAGGACACUCAACUGGCCCUGGCAGUGUGUGGAUGUGAGCUGAGCUGCGAAGUGCGGCUGGUGCUGACCUUGGUCAGACUCUGCGACUCGACUAAUCCCAAAGACUGGGCUGAUCUGGCCGCUGCCAUGUCUUAUGUCCUUCACUCCUCGGAGACUCAGGGUUGGGAAGAAGUUUGCGAGCCAGGGGUAAACUACCUUUUGUCGACCAGCCUAGCAAAGUCAGUGCGGGAUCAUCAGCGCACUGCAGUGGAGGCUUUGCGUGACCCUACGCGCUUCAAGAAGCACAUCACAGUCGCUCUGGAUCGUGUCAUGGCUGGGACAGCAGUGAAGUCCCGGGAGGAAAUGAGAGGUGUCUCUCCGAUAAUGGAAGGAGAGGAAGAUCGUGCCAGUGCCAAUCAGACUCUCAGGCGAGGACCCAGUGACAAGGAGGUUUAUCUGAAACUGCUACCCACGAGAGAAGCUUUGCAAACAAAUGUUGAACCAAGAAAUUCGGAAGAUGUAAAAGAAGAAGAUGAAGAUGAAACUACUUGGUAAUAUGUAUAUGUACGGUUGUAAAAAUUAAAUAUCAUGAUUGGAAAUAAA